UCACGUUCCAUUGGUUUGGGUGUGUAUCUUUUUGUUCAAGUCAGGCGAACCUGAACUUAUUUGUCGGAAAUAUUGACAAAAUAUUAAACAUAAAACUGCGCGCGCGUCUGAAUACACAGAUUCAUCCAAAAACGAGAAACCUUACCAAAGAAAAAAAAAUCAAAAAGAAAUUUAAACUAUAUUAAAAGCAUUUUAAGCACACAACCAGCACUACUACUUACUAUUGUAUUUGCAUAUCGUAUCUGAGAACAUUUUCAACAAUAGGCCUAUCCGAGACAGCCGUAAUGGACGUAAUGUCAUCAUCACUGCAACAGCAGCGCAUUGUCGUGGACCAGCUGCGUCGGGAGGCGGCCAUAGAUCGGCAGUCGGUGUCUGUGUCUUGCGACAAAAUGAAGAAAUAUAUAUCGGAGCACGAGCAGGAGGAUUACCUAUUGACUGGUUUCACCAGCCAGAAGGUAAAUCCCUUCCGCGAGAAAUCCUCGUGCACUGCUCUUUAAGCCGAUUCGUAUCGGAUAAUAUAUUUGUUUUUCGUUAUUAAGUUCUUUAUAAACAUCAAGCACCCAAUCCCAAUUAAAGAUGAUGAGUAAAAACCUGAACAAUAACACCACCAGCUAAAAACAUAAUAUAUAUAUAUAUAUAAACACAAAUUACAAAAAGCAAUAUUAUUACAAAGCAAAAGCGCAUAGAAAUCUGUAAAAGGGCCUAAUGUGUACCAAGUCGUAAAUACUUAGAACGAAAAGACAUAACAACAAACAGCAAUGAAAAUCUUAAAUUCUUCAAAAACUCUUAACUUUUGGCAUUUAUUCGGGUAAUAUCAGCAUAUAUAGUAGAGCAACCAACCAGUGUACACGAAUAUAUCCCAACUUAAAGGACAAUUACUGUGCGGACUAUAGCAACAACUACCUAAACUAUGAAAUCAAUAUGAAAUUAAUAUAUCAAUCCAAUAUAUAUUUAUUAAAGCAUAGUAAACACACAAAUAAAUACAAAAUUAACACGAACAACACCUAUUUUGCCUACUUAUUUCAAGAAUAAUCUGUACACGUUGUUAAACAUACUCAAUUAUGAAGUAUGCAUAUUCAAGAAUAUAUUAUUAUAUACAUUUAUAAAUCCCAACUAUGCGGAUUCAAACUAUAUGAUUACUUUAAAAGCUUUAAAUGCAGGCAGAAUUACGGCCAUAACAAGCUAGUUCAACUUUACAUAGUGUGUUUAAUAUCAAGUUUUUCUUAGCAAAAUAUUAAAGCUCGUUGCAGUAACGCGACAAAAAUAUAUAAAUGCAAAAAUAUAUAUGGUAUAUAUAUAUAUCUCUAAAGUAGUUUUUGUCAUUUUGAUUAUCAACUGGCAGUUCAUGCUAAUAUAUUAUCUUGCUAAAAUGAACGAUAAUUUAUUUUAUGGAUCUCUAGAUCUCAAUGAAACUCGACACGAAUCUGAAAAUUGUUUCUUUCAAUUUCUGGCUUAAGCAAAUUGUAACAAUGUGUGAUUCUGUGCUAAGUAAACGAAAUAUUAAGAAAAGAAUUGACAAAAAAACUCACUCAUAAUACUUGCAUAUUAUUAAAGCUAAUGUCGACAUUGUAAAUCGGGUGUUAUCACGACAGCACAUGAUGUCACAUCUAUCAAAUGAUUUGUGCGCGGUUGAGCCUAUAUUUUUGUAAAGGAUAAACGAACCAAAUUGUAUUUGGCAUGAGUGGCAAAGUAUAUAUUAAAGCUGAGUUAUUUUUCUACACUCUAACAUGGUAUUGGGCAAAUUUGUAUGGUAUUGGAAUGAAACAAAACGGUUCUCCCAUCGAGAGAAACAUUCAAAUUUCCAUAAUCACAUCUAAAACAAACCCACAACCCACACUCAUAAAAAAAACA